CGUUCUCGCAUCGUUCCAUUAAACCAAAACACAAUGACCAAGUUGAUCGUCUUCUUGAGUUUAUUCCUUGCAGUCUUCGCCGAAGACGAACUCGCAUCCCGCAAACCAGUCUAUAAGUACCGAUAUGAAACCGAAGAUGUCAUGAAAACCGCCGCCUCCACAAUCCCAGUGAGAGGAUACCAUGUGGUCGAGGGCGGUUACUACCCGGCCGCCGGAAUAGGCUUGGGGGCUGGAGCGGGCGUCGGCAUCGGGGGCGUCGGCGGCGGAAUCGCCGCCGGAGGCAUGGGCGGUAUGGGAGCCGGAGGCCUAGGGUACGGCGGAUACGGCGGAUAUGGCGGAUAUGGUGGCUACGGAGGAUACGGUGGAUACGGAGGAGGAGUAGGUCUCGGAGGAGCAGGAAUAGGACUCGGAGGAGCUGGCUUGGGAGCAGCUAAAUACAUCGGAGGCGGCGGCCAGUUCAUCGGUGGCGGUGCCGGACUCGGUGGUGCUGGACUUGGAGGUGCCGGGCUCAUCGGAGCUGGAGGUGCCGGGCUCAUCGGAGCUGGAGGUGCCGGCCUUAUCGGAGGAGGUGCGGGUCUCAUCGGCGGCGGUGGAUACAUUGGGGGACCUUUGAUGCACGGCUAUGGUGGCGAAAUCGUUGACAAGAACGUCUUCAGCGGAGAGAAGAAGAACUUGAACGAUGAAGCUUACGAAAAAGCUUCAGGUAAAAAGGGUGAAGAAUUCAAUGCUGGUAAAGAAGGUUUCAGCAAAGGAGUUGCUGCCAUAAAGAACAACAAAGGGGAAUCAGCUUAUUUCACUGACGCUUCUGGUGCCAAAAAACUCGCCGAGGAUGGCAAAACUUACUACGGAGGACAACACUUCGACAAAGAAGGUAAACAUGGCGGUCAGUUCAAUGAGAAGAAAGGACACAAGAAAGGUCAUAUGAUCAAGGGCUUCAAAUCGUCACACCACAAGGACGAAACCGGCAAAACUGAAGAGUUCUACGAUGAAGAAAAUGACGAAGGUGGCAAUGUACAUUUCAAUGGUGAAUAUGGAAACUUUGGUGAAAAGGGGGCUUCGUCGUUCAAGGGUGGUCAUGAGAAUGGAGAAUUUGCCCAGGGCAACCAUAAGAAACAAGGUCAUUUCGAUAAUGAACACUUUAUUGAUAACAGCAAUGCUGGUCAUGGCAACUAUGGAGAAAAGAAAUAUGGUGGAAGUGGCGCUGUCUAUGGUGUUAACAAUGGUAUUGACCAACACAGUCUUUUGGGACACCAAGAGAAUAGUAAAUUCUAUAAACACUACCCCCAUCAUGUGCCUUUUUACUGAUUAAUUAGAAGCGGAUUGUAGAUCGUAAAUAUUUAUUUUGUGUUACCAUAGAUGAAUCUUGUCUUGUCUUUUUAUAUAACGAAUGCCAUGUUCUUGGUCUAAUGUUCUUUAUAAUGAUACUUAUGUAUUAUUUGUACAUUGUAUAUAAUAUAUACUCGCAACGUCGAAAGCAAUAA